UUUUUAAUAUUGGGAUAACAUUUCAGGAAAACAAAGAUAUGCUGACCAAGUACAGAGGAUGGUUCCUCUGUAUUGCUUUUGAGAUAUGGUUCCUCUAUAUUGCUAAAUCUGAAAGAUGAGGAGCUGCAUCAACUUGGGUGAACUUGGUUGAAUUGAUAUUGUUUGUGCACAGAGUUUUGAGCUCCCACAUCGCUUAUGUGAGCAAACUGCAAGUUUGAUGAAACCUCUGACAUAGUGCAGCCAACUUGCAUGGCUGCAAUGUUUCGAGUUUGUCCCUGGUAUGGAAGCAGGUUAUCUGAAGAGAACUACUGCUGCUUAACUGAAGCGAUGAGGUCCUUAGUAAUUUUGGUUUUUAUCCACUGUUCCUGAUCAAACAUACUGCACUAUUGGAUUGUGUGAUAUUGGUAUAGUGGGGUUGGUAACUGUGAGUAAUCAUGUCCGACUUCUUCAAAUAAAAAUGUAAAAUGAAUGCAGCCUUUGUGGACUUUCAGUCAGCAAGUUUCUGCUUAUGUCCAAUGGCUCUCCACCACCAAAUGUGAACUCGAUGACAGUAGGGAGACACCGGUGUGGCAAUUUUAUCAAAUACCAAACAAUCAGUUAGAUUUUAUUGUACAAGUUGUUCUGAACAUGGUGCAGAGCUUUGUUCGGACUAUACUAGUAGAAGGUGAAAACAUUUUGGGCAGUAACUGAAAUGCAAGUAUCCAAAUAAAGAGAGCAGAAUCCUGUGAUCCUGUCAUGAUCCAACCAUCAGAGCCUAAUCUAGCUUUUGCUCAUUUAAAUUUUACAUGGAGAGGUGUGAACUUUUGAGGCUUUGUAGUGAACUAUUGUCUCCAAUUGAGAAAAUUACAACUCAGAACUGACUAGACAAAAAGGUGAAGGAAAUUAUGGUUGAUGAUCAGAACUCAGAACUGAAGGCACGAAAGGAGAAGGUCAACAAAUGAUGCAUCAGUGGAUUCCAAGGCAAGUACAAUGUCAUUCCAUCUUCCAAACGUCCAAUCUCCUGUCUCUGCCAUUCAUGAAGUGAAGUAUAGGGUACUUCUGAAUUCAAAUACAAAAUUGCAGCAGUUGAGAGUUCAACGCUUCAGUGCCUUUAGGGAAAAAAAAGGACACCGAACUUCAGAAUAAGAAUUCCUGUCAAUGACCAACUACUUCUUCAUGUAGACAGUUCUCUCGCAACAAGACGCGGUAACACACGUCCCAUGACUUAGUAACUCUCCAGUUACCACAUAAGUUUUUCAUAUAAUAGAUGCGUUGUUGAGCUGGCAUAGUGAAAUAAGCAUAACGAGCUGUGAUUGGAGAUGGUCAAAAGGUUACCUUGUUGCAUGGCUACUUUAUGGAGGGACACAAUCUUUAGACCACCCCAUCACUUUCUUUGUGUGAAAGUGUUGCUGAUUGCUAAAAACGACGACUUAAGGGAUUGCCUAAGUGCGCAUGUGAAAUGCUAAUCACCAUCCUGAUUGUACCGUGGUUAUGUGAACUGGCAGAUGGUUCAGUGGCUCUUGUUAUUUAUUUCACUUUUUUUUAUACCACCUAUUGUGUCAAAAUCCAUAUGUCUGAAAUUUUCGUUAUUCUGAAAAUGGCAAGUCGGAGAUGACACUUGGACUGCAACCACUGACGGCUAAGCUGCACAUUAGUCAUGUGUAUUGAUUGAGGAAAGUUUCAUUAGUCAUGUGCGUAGAUCGAGGAAAUUAUAUUCUGCAACGUGCUUAAUUCUACUGGGAGUAGUUUAUGUAUACUGUGACUGAAAUCAUCUCUCCGGGCUUUGUUUCUGAAGGUUCCAACUUGGAAGAUUUUUCAAGUUCAGCGUUCAGACUUUUAAGGUUCAGGGCUAGAUGAGACAUGGUUUGGUAAAGACCUGGGAUCUAAGAAGGGAACGCUGGACAAAUUAAAUAAAUGAUGAGUAAAAAAACUUAAAAAAUGAUCAGAUGCAAGCAUGUCAUGCUCAAAAAGUCAGUCAAUAUACAUGCCAAUCGUUCAAUAUUCUUUUGAAAGUGAUACUGUUUGGUUGGUUGGUAGUUCAGCUGAUACAAAGGUCAGCAUUAUGACCUAUGAAAUUGGCUUAUCUGGAUCAGUGGUGUGUUUAUUCAAUUUUAACAGCGUGCUCGAAAUUAACUGUUUGAUUUUCUUUGCUAGCCAAACUGAUGCAAGUCAGAAUUGUGGUAUAUGAAAUGGCUUCUCUCAACCAGCGACGUGUUCUCCUAUGUUCAGAACGUGCUCAAAUGAAAGGUUUGAUUUUUCUUAUGCACUUCCUUUUGUUACAAGCACUAUAUUUGUUGACAAAGUAUUCAUCAUUCUUUGAGGAAGUGCAUAUCUGAUACUACUUUAUAGCAUGGACACAAUAUAAGAGUACGAUAAUGUUGUUGUGGCUGUUUUGCUCCCUUGUAAGAAGCUUCUUGUCCUGGCUACCAGAGUGUGUUUGUCAACCCCUACAACCUUCGAUGACAUCAGUCAACGUUCCAACCUACCAAAUUCUUGUCCAAGUUAAGUAUUGAGUAGAAUGAGAAUUAUUUGCACUACUUAACUGCCGCCAGUUUACCAUCCACAUUUACAUUCAUUAGCAAUAUCCUGUUUGCGUGUUUGGUAGAUGACACAAACGCUAAAGUAAUAACAGGACUGAGUUCUUCAUGGUCAAGGUCACAAUGGCAACAUUGUAAACCGAAUUAGCAGCUGCUGUUUGAUGGGAUUAUCCUGAAUGUUUAUGGUCAUUAGCAAUAUCCUGUGUGGUUUGGUAGAUGAUACUUUUUUAGACAGUUUGGUAGAUGAUACAUGGAACUCUAGAGUAAUAACAAACCUGAAUUCUUCAUCGUCAAGGUUACAACAAUCAUUCUCAACUGAAUUAAAAGAUCAAUCUAGAGCAGGAAAAGAUCACAUGAUAAUAUGAAAGAUGGGCAUGAACUUUAAUGUAUAUGAUGUCCAGUUUGGUUACUGAGGUCCUCUAUCAGCUGGUAGUGUGUCCGUUUACUUUCAAAUUUCUUGGAUUUUUUUUACUUGCACUUGGCUUAAUAUCUUAGGAAACCAAACAUUUGGAGCCCUAAUACAUCUACAGAUAGGUUGUAAGAUAUCUAAGAUAGAUUCCUAAAGCAUUGUUUCAAAGUGGGAAAUAACUUGCACAUAAUCUGUAAACUGGAAGGGCAUUAGAUAACUGUGUAACUUAGAAACAAAAAAGGGCGAUCAUGAACUUCUUGCUGAUAGUUAGUAACAGCAAGUAGACAUUUCUAUAUAGUAUCAUGUCCAUGUGUCCCCUUCCAUGCAAAUCCUAACACCCAGAAGCUAUCUAAGAUGAUGGAGAUUGGAGCAUAUACUUGAGUACUACAAAACUUGUCAGCAAGGAAAUCAACACGUUGAUUAAUUAAGCAAGAAAUAAAAAAAAAAAGCUCGGUUCAAAUAAACCCGCGAAGGCUUCGCAAUGGCAUAGCAGCCCGUGCAAAGCAAGCGACAGGGACCAAGGAGCAGCAGCCAGGCCAAGUGACAGCAUCGUCGUGGGGCCCAGAAAUCCAGCCUCAGCGUUUUCCGGUGAUGCACGCGUACCCAGUCUUGGAGGAGUGCCUCGUUGUCUUCUUCACCCUCGUCCUUUAUAAAGGGGGAAGGUGCUGGCCAUGGCGUCUCCACCGAGAAGCUGGGCUCUUGCUUGCCUAGUACUUCCUACAUCAAGCUAAGCUACUUCUUCGCUUGCAACUAUUUAUUUGCUAGCUCUUGUAGCUGCCUUUUCUUUGCGAGAGUUUGUUACAACCAACAACCAACUGAUCAAUGGGGAGGCAACCGUGCUGCGACAAGGUGGGGUUGAAGAAGGGGCCGUGGACGGCGGAGGAGGACCAGAAGCUCGUCAGCUUCCUCCUCAACAACGGCCAGUGCUGCUGGCGCGCCGUGCCAAAGCUCGCCGGAUUGCUGCGGUGUGGGAAGAGCUGCCGGCUGCGGUGGACCAACUACCUGCGGCCGGACCUGAAGCGCGGGAUGCUAUCGGAGGAGGAGGAGAAGACGGUGAUCGAACUGCACGCGGAGCUGGGCAACCGGUGGUCCAAUAUCGCGUCGCACCUGCCGGGGAGGACGGACAACGAGAUCAAGAACCACUGGAACACCCACAUCAAGAAGAAGCUCAGGAAGAUGGGCAUCGACCCCGCCACCCACAAGCCCCUCCAGCCCGCUCCUCCUCCUCUUCCUCAGGAUCCAGCCGGCUCGCCGGAGGCAGAGAAGAUCGUCGUCACGGCAGUCACGCCAGGACACGAGGCGUUCUGCACCGACGACGUGCCCAUGGCGCACCUCCUGGACGACAUCGUGUUUCCAGGUGACGUGGCCGCUCCCAGCGACGGCGUCACCACGGCUUACUCGCUUGACCAGUCUUCCUCCGGCUCAUCGUCGUCCUACUCCGCCUCGGCGGCAGCGUCGAGCAGUGGCGGCGGCAGCGUCGACGGUGAGUGGCCUGAUUUGCCGCCGAUGAUGAUGGACUGGCCGGAGUCGAUGUGGCAGCUGGAGGACGUGGUAACGGGGCGAACGCCAUGGGAGUUCGAGGACCCCUUCCUGACGUACCAGACGACCGCGCUGUUCGAUCAUCAGGAAACUUGGACCAACAGCAUGAUCGAGCUCUUCUGAGAAUCGGUCGCGUUCUUUGCAGCUAAAAAUGUUAAUCAACAUGCGUACACGUUGUAUAUGUUCCUGAAAAAAUUACAGUAGCGGCUUUGCACAUUCACCGCUGGUGCAUUUGCCUGUUAGAAAUAGUAAUCAGAGAUACAAUUCGUUUAAACAUAGAAAAGUAAGAAAAGGAAAUGAAGUGGUGGUUGUGUGAGAGUAUGUCACCCUCUUCCUUUCUUUCUUUCUUUCUUUCUUUCUUUCUUUCUCUCUGUACUCCUAUAUAGUCCAUAAUUCUUUUUGAGUGCAUGCGUUGGACAUGCACACACGUACGUCCAACGUCUUGUACAGAAUGUAAGCAUAAAGAAUCUGGAUAAUGACGUUAGAUUUAGUCCCACAUCGGAAAUUGAUGGUGGAGGAGCA